UGUAAAUCCGGAACACAUAUAGAUGAAAACCAAAAAAAUCCCCUGCCGUCGUUGCAUGUUAUUUCAGGUGUUGCGAGAGGAACCAGAAGUGGGAGGAGCGCCGGGCUCGAGCCCACCAUGGGAACAGAGACAGAAAAACAAAGACCUGCUCACGGCCAGAUAAUCUCUGUGCCCCAUAAGGACACAGUGCGUCUUCUGGAGGUUUACGUCAAGCGGAGCCUCAGUCUGAAUGAUAGCAGUCUGAGGGCAAAGCAACCAGGGAAGAUGGAAAAGUGGGUGACCAUGUCCAAAAAUCACAGACGAUUCUCCAGUGAUCCUUCACUUCACUUGGACGAGGGAUUAAAUCACAGUGAAUGUGAUAUGCUUUCUGUGGUUGAAUCCCAGACGAAUGAGCCUGAAAGAGAUCCUGAGGAACCAAAUAAACCAGAAAUCAAGUCAAAGAAGAGCAAAAAGAGCAAGAAACCCUCAUUUUGGAAGAGUUUGCUUGGCAUAUUCUCCCAAAAGAGCAAUGAGGACAAAGAUGAAGAUCAAGACUGUCCAUCAGAGGUGUUUGAUGAUUCUGAACAAUCAACUAACUGCCUGCCCAUAACGCAGAUCUCUUUACAAAAGAAAUCACUGAGGAAAAAGUCCUUAAGGAAGAAAUUGUCUAAAAGGCUGUCCCUAAGAUCAAAAAGAUCUGGCAAAGAUCUCAACCCUACUGAUAUCACUGGAGUAGAAGCAGUGAUCAGCGUCACACCAACAUACUCCUACUAUGAGAAAAUGUCAGAGGAAUUUGAAAAAAUUGUCCAUGAGGUCAAAGAAAAAGAGGAAACUGAAACUCUUUCGGAUGACGAAGUUAUCAGCAGAAUCAUUGCUUUGACAAAACAAGAGGGUGAUGCCAUUUAUGACAAGCUAAAAGAUAACCCCACCCUGAGCAACUUUUUCCAGGGGUUGUCUUACUCCUCCUUCCAGAAGAUGGCAGAUGCUUUCCUGGAGAAAGAAGCAACACCAACCCACACGCCUCCCAGCGUGCUACCUACAGCACCUGAGCUGGUCAAACUGGCCUUCACUCUUGACUUCACGGCCAGGAUAGCUGGGCUCUCCAAACAAAACAUGGGCCACAUAACUUGUCUCGGAAACCGUUAUCUGUUGGACCGAUUUGAAUACAGACAGGCAUGCACAGACCAUCCAUGGUCUGACAGCGAAGAUGUAGGAAAAUGUAUAUCAGAUGCUCUAACAGACAAAAUACACUGAGGUCUGGCCAACGUUCAACAGAUGUGACUAAAGAUGUGCAUAAGCUCCACUUUCUGAACAUUUUCUUAAAGGUUAAGAAGCUAUUCAACACAUGCUUAAAGAGUCUUGCUAAGCUGUGACUAAAAAACCUGUUGAAAUGUGACACAAGUAGUUUC